UGCUCUUCCUCUUUUUUUUUUUUCUUUUUUUUUCUUCCUUCUUCUUAAGAUAUGGUUUGGCUACUUUGUUGGCCUUUUGUAAUCAUGAGGACCUUGUGUCAUCAUUGCUGUGGAAAAAUAUAUCUCUCCCUCUUCCUCUCUUCUUCCCCUUUUGUUCUUUUCCCUCACUCUUGCACUUUUUUCUCUACUCAAACUUGAAUAUAUAAUUAACCCCAUAAUCCAAUAUUUUUAAGACCCUCUCCUUUUUCCCAUCUUUUGAUCUCCCAUUUCUCUUACUGAAACUCAUAAUGUGCCAUGCAUGCGCAACAUCACAGUUAGAGUCAUUUCAGCCCUCAUGCUACACUGAUUUCCACAGUCCACAGUUGUCUAAAACAGCCAAGAUACAUGUGCUCAAGCUAAGAAGGAAUGGUGGCAGAUUGUCAAAGGAAGCAAAGGAAAGGACAAGGUUGAGGAAAUUGAAGAAAGCAAUGAAGAUGAAGAACUUGAAGCUCUACAAAGAGAACAAAACCAUAAUUGAAGAGAAUGAAAGGUUGCGCAAAAAAGCUCUUCUUCUUCAUCAAGAAAACAAAGCCUUGUUCUCUAAGCUUCAACAAGUUUUUCAAUCACCCAACCACGACUAACUAAUUUAGGGACUUAUAAGUUAGCAUCAUAUUAUGAUGCUAGAGCUCUAAACAGUACUAUAAUUAAUACACAUAAAUACUUAUCUUUAUAUAGUAUGAUGGCUAAUAGCUAUUGACCAUAUUCUAGUUGGUUUAUUGUAUUUUACUUUUAUCGUCUUGUAUUCGAUUUGUUACUAUGUGGAAUAAUGACUUACUAUGAAAAUUUGAAGGUUUCUUUGGUUC